AUGAAAAAGUUUAUGCUGAAUACUAAAGCUUCAUUGGGGCUUGUGGGGGAGAAAACCGUAGAUGAGGACUAUAAUAAACGGAGUGCCUCGUUGAAAGCAUUAAAUGAGGCUCUCAACGAGUACAGCACGGCCAUGGAUAAAGCAAAGCAUGCCAUGAGGGAGGUGAUGCAUUCCUUGGGAAAGGCCUCCAAGGCGUUUGAAAAGCUCAAUAGUGGUAGCUGUAUUCCAGAACCACUUAAGGAUUUCUCAGAAGAUUUUAAGAAGGCUAUUGAACACCUUCAACAAUAUGCCUUGCAGGAGUUUAUGAACACAAUGGAAACGACUGUCAUUAAGACUGGACAUGCUAUCAGGGCAGAUUAUGAGGAAUGUGUUCGUGUUGAUCAGCAAAGGCAGAAGACUGUGAACGAAUAUGAUGUGUACCGAAGUGCUGUGGAUAAAAAGGAGACUGAGUAUGCAAAAAAGGGAAAGGACUUGAAGGAAUCCAAAACGUAUGAAGAGGACACCAAGACACGAGAUGAAUUAAAAGCAGAUUACGAGGCUUCCGAUAAACUUUUCAAAAGCUCACAUGAUGCAUUGGAGUCGAAUGUGGUAAGCAAGGGCAGGCUUUGUAUGAGGGAAUUUUUCUGCUGCACCUCUGAAUUUCUUUCUGCGUUGUCCACCGAAAUGAAGCGCCUACAUGAAAAAUCCUUGCUGCUGGGAGCUUAA